CCUCGCGGAGCCCCGGCGCCUCCCCGCCGGCCCUGCGACCCCGCAGCCCCGGGCUGCGGAACUUGCGGGCAGUGUCGGGGCGCCUUUGAUUUAUAACGAGUGUGGUCGCCACAGGAUGGGGAGGGACGCGCGGCGUUGCCUUCGGGAACGGGCGCUCCGGUGAAGUAGGAGCCGCCGGCGGUCCGCCUGCACCGAGCCGUUCCGCGCCGCGGCCGCCCAGCCUCUGCCAUGGCCGGGGCCGGCGCCGGCGCGUGGAAGCGCCUCAAGUCUCUGCUGCGGAAGGAUGAUGCGCCGCUCUUUCUGAAUGACACCAGCGCCUUUGACUUCUCCGACGAGGUGGGGGACGAGGGGCUUUCUCGGUUUAACAAACUUCGAGUUGUGGUGGCCGACGAUGGUUCCGAAACCCCGGAAAGGCCUAUUAACGGGGCGCACCCGGCCCGCCAGGCCGACGACGAUUCCUUACUGGACCAGGACUUACCUAUGGCCAACAGCCAGCUGAGUUUGAAGGUGGACCCCUGUGACAACUGCAGCAAACAGAGAGAGUUGCUGAAGCAGAGAAAGGUGAAAACCAGAUUGACCAUUGCUGCCGUUCUUUACUUGCUUUUCAUGAUUGGAGAACUUGUAGGUGGAUACAUUGCAAAUAGCCUAGCAAUUAUGACAGAUGCACUUCAUAUGUUAACUGAUCUAAGUGCCAUCAUACUGACCCUGCUUGCUUUGUGGCUGUCUUCAAAAUCACCAACCAAAAGAUUCACCUUUGGAUUUCAUCGCUUAGAGGUUUUGUCGGCUAUGAUUAGUGUGCUGUUGGUGUAUAUACUUAUGGGAUUCCUCCUGUAUGAAGCUGUCCAGAGAACUAUUCAUAUGAAAUAUGAAAUAAAUGGAGAUAUAAUGCUGAUUACUGCAGCAGUUGGAGUUGCAGUUAACAUAAUAAUGGGGUUUCUGUUGAACCAGUCUGGUCACCAUCACGCCCAUUCUCACUCACUGCCUUCAAGUUCUCCUACCAUGGGUUCUGGAUGUGAACACAACCAUGUGCAAGAUAGCCUGGCAGUGAGAGCAGCAUUUGUACAUGCCUUGGGGGAUUUGGUACAGAGUGUUGGUGUGCUAAUAGCUGCAUACAUCAUAAGGUUCAAGCCAGAAUACAAGAUUGCUGAUCCCAUCUGUACAUACGUAUUUUCAUUACUUGUGGCUUUUACAACAUUUCGCAUCAUAUGGGACACAGUAGUUAUAAUACUAGAAGGUGUGCCAAGCCAUUUGAAUGUCGACUAUAUCAAAGAAACCUUGAUGAAAAUAGAAGAUGUAUAUUCAGUGGAAAAUUUAAAUAUCUGGUCUCUCACUUCAGGAAAACCUACUGCCAUAGUACACAUACAGCUAAUUCCUGGAAGUUCAUCCAAAUGGGAGGAAGUACAAUCCAAAGCAAAGCAUUUAUUAUUGAACACGUUUGGCAUGUAUAAAUGUACUAUUCAGCUUCAGAGUUACAGGCAAGAAAUGGAAAGAACUUGUGCAAACUGUCAAAGUUCCCGUUCCUAAUUUUAUGUAUAUUGGGGACUACUGCCUUAUUUAUCCUGAAGUCAUAGACAUGAGAGCAAUAAAUGCAAAUCUAAAUGAG